CAUGUUAUUCAUUUAUGUUGAAUCUAUCCUUAGAAUUCCGUCUAAUAAAUUUUGUAAGUGAGAUUUAGUUGAAUGAUAGCUUCGGUUUGGUGAACAACGACACUGUUCAAAUAUUUAAAAAAAUAUAAUAAUAAUUAAGAGCAUUUUUUUUUCUGUGAAACAAUUAUUUUUCUGUGUAACGGUUAAUUUAAAUUCGAAUGCAAAAUAAGGAAAUGGUUGACGAGAGAACAUCAUUGUUUUCCAAUUCUCGGAGUGAGACAUCGUAUGCGGUACCUGGCCGUUUUACACGAACCAAACCCGAUCGAUUCAAUCGAUUACAAUUUUGCAUUUGGACAUCGUUUCUAGCAGCAUUUAUUUUGGCACUAGUCAUAACAAUAGCUGUGGUGGUUACACGAAACAGUGACGAUGAGUCGAGUGAAGAAAAUGCAAGCAAUGAUAUCCCAGCACGGUCUAUAAAUUCCAAUGAAUUUUUCACUCUGAUGGAAGCAUUCAAUGGACCAAUACCUGACGAACCACCAGUAAAUUGGACUCUAUCCGAACCAAGUGAUGACGAAAUAAAGUUAGCACUUGAUGAAGGCUUGAUUGCGCUUGGUAAUCGUGAGCUUUUUGAAGAAAACCUUCAAGUGGUACCAGUAAAUACACCAUCGUUUCGACAUCAACGAGCAGUUAGCACAACUGCUGACGCAAGAAAAUUAACUAAACGUGGUUACAUCGAAGAUCAUGCCACCAAUUUUUUAGCCAAACAAUUAGCAUAUGAAAAGCCAAGUGGGCGAUAUAACAUUGGGAUCGGGCCAGAAACAAAAUUGGAAACUGCGAAAAAUAAGCAAAGAAAAUGUAAUUUUAAUGCAAAAUAUCGUCGGCCAGAUGGAACCUGCAAUAAUAAAUUAUUUCCAUUCAAAUAUGGAGUUGCAUAUACACCAUUUCGUCGCGCAUUGAAUCCAGAUUAUUCUGAUGGCAUAAAUAUGCCACGAGAAAGUCAUACGGAAAAUCCAUUGCCAUCGGCACGAAAUAUAUCUUUAUCGGUACAUCGUCCAUCGUAUUCAAUUGAUCCCGAAUUCACUGUGAUGGUUGCUGUAUUUGGUCAGUUUUUGGACCAUGAUGUGACUGCAACAGCAUUAAAUCAAGGUCAAGAUAAUGAACCAAUUGAUUGUUGUGCUGAAAAUGGUGAUCUACAUCCGGAAUGUUUUCCAGUCAAUUUGGGUCCGGGUGAUCCAAAUUUCGAUCUCUAUAAUAUAACUUGUAUGAAUUUCAUUCGAUCGGCACCAGCGCCCACCGAACGCUUUGGUCCACGUCAACAGCUCAAUCAAGCCAGUGCAUAUAUCGAUGGAUCGGUUGUGUACGGUUUUACUGAUGAAAAAGUCGAUAGCUUAAGACAACAUAAUAACGGUUUAUUACGUAUGUACUAUACAUCCGAUAAUCGAACAUUGUUGCCAGUUUCAACUGAUCCGCUCGAUGGAUGCAAUGCAGUUGAAGAAAAUGCCAAAGGAAGAUAUUGCUUUGAAUCGGGUGAUACAAGAGCUAAUGAGAAUUUACAUUUGACAUCGAUGCAUUUGAUUUGGGCUCGUCAUCAUAAUUAUGUUGCGUCCGAAUUGGAAAAACGAAAUCCACAUUGGAAUGAUGAGAAACUAUUCCAAGAAGCAAAACGUAUUGUAGCUGCUCAAUUACAACAUGUUACAUACAAUGAAUUUUUACCAGUUGUUUUGGGUCAAAGUUAUAGCGAUAAAAUUGGUUUAACAUCAAAACCAGAAUCCGAAAAAGAUGUUUAUGAUGAAACCGUCGAUGUUUCAAUUGCAAAUGUAUUUGCUGCAUGCGCUUUUCGUUUUGCCCACACUUUAAUUCCGGGCGUGAUGAACACAUCGAGAGACUUGGAAAAUCCAAAUACAAUUGCAUUGCAUAAAAUGCUCUUCAAUCCAUAUUCACUAUGGCUAGCUGAUGGUUUGGACAAUGCAAUUGGAGCAGCAUCGGUGACGCCGUUAGCAAGAGCCGAUCAAUAUUUUACAACUGAAUUGACCGAAAAAUUGUUCACCGACCCAAAUGAUGCUGUGCAACCAACUGCAACACAACGAAAUACAUGCGGUUUGGAUUUGGUAUCGUUAAACAUUCAAAGAGGUCGUGAUCAUGGGCUACCGCCAUAUCAUGAAUGGCGAAGACAUUGUAAAUUGCCAUCGGUCGAUACAUGGGAAGAAAUGGCAUUCGCUGUAGACGCCGAUUCACUUGAAACUAUGAAACGAAUUUACAAGGAUGCCAAAAACGUGGAUAUUUACACUGGUGCAUUGAGCGAACCACCAAUGGACGGAGCAAUCGUUGGACCCUUAUUGUCUUGCAUAAUUUCCGAUCAAUUUUUACGCUUAAAAAUUGGCGAUUCACAUUGGUACGAACGUCGAAUUGGCUCACAGAGUUUUACAAAUGAACAACUUGCACAAAUUUACGGCACCACAUUGGCAGCAGUAAUAUGUCGAAAUUCAGAUGCAGUGGACACCGUUCAGCGUUGGGUUAUGCGAAGAAUUGAACAACAAAAUCCAAUGGUGUCUUGCUCAGAGAUUGAUACAUUUACAUUUGAUGCUUGGACAGAAGAGCCAUAUCGCAGAAAUUUGGUGUCAGUUCAAACAAGCCCAAUGCAAACGUUUAUUAGAACAAUGGCAAAGAAUUAAUCACAAAGGAAUCUCGUGAUUCUUAGAAAACGUUUUGGUGAAUAGGUAGUUUUUUUUCUCUUAAAAUUCACGGCCAAUCAUUUUUUGCAAGAAAACAUUUAAUAAAUUGAAAUUGAAAUUAUAGUAUUUGAAUGAACAAAGAGUGCGGUACAUUAUGGUUCCCAUGUUUGUAUGUGUUGUUAGUUGAUGAUUCAAUAAAAUUUUCAAUGUUUCACGUAUUUGCAAUGUCAAUUGAUGAUGACGGCAAUGUUGUAGAAUUGAGUAUUAAAUAAAUUACAAUUUGACGAAUGACAUUUUUUGAUUGCAUUCUUAUCAGUUUAGCACACCGUGACCAUUUUGUUUUGAUAUUUUAUUAUUGAA